UCCACUUCUCACUUCUUGAGUGAACACUUCAGCUUGAUCAACCUGACAACCGCGUGCUCUCAGCUAUCACCACUGUGCAGCUAGAUUUGUAUCGACCUGAGCGUAUUCGCUAGUACUCAUAUACAAUGGCUCAGAAAGCGAAAAAGGACCGCGCCAAGUCCAACGCGGCGGCACUUAACAACCUGCACAUCGGUUCUCUUAUCGUCAACGCCCUCUUCCUCCUUUCCCACUUCCUGUUCCGUGCUCGCUCUAUCUGGCUUUACGUUCUCCUUUCUGCGCCUGCCGUCAUCUGCGAGUACAUUCUCGAGGCUUCCGGUCGACCGAAGUACGACCCAACUACCCGCGCCCUGCGUACCGCUGGUGAGGAUCUGUCCUCUCCUGGCUUGACCGAGUACAUGUUCGACGUCAUCUGGGUUACCUGGGCUGCAGUAAUCUUCGUCAUUAUCUUCGGAAAUAAAGCUUGGUUUCUGUGGCUUAUCCUUCCGGCAUAUGGCGUGUACCUGGGAAGUGGGCUACUUGGCAUGGGAAAGCAGAAGAUGGCUGCGUUCCAAGGAGCGGGCGAUGGUGCUGGUGCAGCUCCCCAAGGAAAUCGCAGAGCACGUCGGGCUGCUUAAAUUUCCCAACUUUUAUUGAGGGCAUUAGAU